AUGGAAACCAUAUGGCCAGGUUCCACCAAGGCCAAAGUAGCCACACCCACUUCGAGGAUGAAGAAGAAGAACCGCAAGCUCGAUCGAGCUGCAUGGAGAUGGUCGAAUGGAGUGCCCCUGAUGGUCGCUUGCCCUCUCCAGACCACGACCUUGCUUCCCAGUUCUUUGGGGAGUACUAAGGUCUUUUGGAGCACUUUGGAGCAUUUGGGACGUGAGGAGCAAGGAAGGACUUGGUGCAUGGACGCAGCUCAACCACACAUGCAUAGGACGAAGGAGGAAGUCAUCUUGAAGUCAGCUCGACCACCUACUCGACCAUCCGGUCGAGUUCCUCAACUCGACCGGCCAAGUUCAACUCGAUCGAGCUGA